CUGUGGGGUUCGGUUGAGCGGAGACAGCGGUUCCAGCUGCGGUAAUCGGCCGCCGAAGCGGCGUGAGAGUGCAGCUGCCUGGAGUACAGCAAAGUUGCAGAGCAGUCAAGUACAAGUGAAGGUGCUGCUGGUUGGGCCCAUGUGUCUGCUUUGUAACUGUUUAAGUGAAUGAAAGAGACCAGAAGCCAACCUAAUUCUGCCGUGAGCUGAGUGGGUCCUGUCAGUUUCCAGACGGCUGCUAGAGCAUGAGGCUCUGAAAAACCAAGUGAAGAGCCUUAAAGAGGCUGAGUACAGACGUUCAUAAAGCUGUGGGCCUCGAUUCCCGGAUGGUCCUUGGGAAACGGCCGCAGUUGCAUGUCAAGUGGGGCACCGGGUGGUGACACCAACCCAGACACACUCGGGGAUGCCAAGAGCAAGGUGGAGAUAAACACCACAGACAAUAAGUCUUCUGAGUGCUUCACUCUUCACAAAAACAUAAUUUUAACAUAGAUUCUUGUACAUCAUUUUUGGCUUGAUAAUGCACGUUUCAAAGGAGAUUCCCGAUUCAGUCAGCCAUAGACCUAUUAGCACUCAUGUAAGGAUGCCUUAGAAAAAGAGCCAUGGAGAAAUAUAUUAAGGUGCAAAAGAUUGGUGAAGGAUCCUUUGGAAAAGCGAUUUUAGUCAAAUCUAAAGAAAAUGGGAAGCAGUACGUUAUUAAGGAGAUAAGCAUAUCUAAGAUGUCUAAUAAAGAGAGAGAAGAGUCAAGGAGGGAAGUUGCUGUGUUAGCCAACAUGAAACAUCCAAAUAUUGUCCUGUACAGAGAGUCGUUUGAAGAAAAGGGCUGUCUCUACAUAGUGAUGGAUUACUGUGAAGGUGGGGACCUGUUUAAAAAAAUUAAUGCUCAGAAAGGCAUCUUGUUCUCUGAAGAUCAGAUUAUGGAUUGGUUUGUACAGAUCUGUUUAGCUCUGAAACAUGUACACGAGAGAAAAAUUUUGCAUCGCGAUAUAAAAUCACAGAACAUAUUUUUAACCAAAGAUGGAACAAUACAACUGGGAGACUUUGGAAUUGCUAGAGUCCUUAACAGUACUGUAGAGCUGGCUCGUACUUGCAUAGGAACACCAUACUAUUUGUCACCUGAAAUCUGUCAGAACAAACCUUACAACAAUAAAAGUGACAUAUGGGCUCUUGGUUGUGUUCUCUAUGAAAUGUGCACACUUAAACAUGCAUUUGAAGCUGGUAACAUGAAAAAUCUGGUCCUGAAGAUAAUCUCUGGAUCUUUUCCUCCUGUUUCUGUGCAUUAUUCCUAUGAUCUACGUAAUCUCCUUUCCCAGCUUUUUAAAAGGAAUCCUAGGGAUAGACCAUCAGUUAACUCCAUAUUGGAGAAAAACUUUAUAGCCAAACGGGUUGAAAAAUUUCUUACACCACAGCUUAUUGCAGAAGAAUUCAGUCACAAAGUAUUCCAGAAGUUUGGAGCCCAUGCAGCACCAGGAAAAAGACCAGCCCAAGGACAAAUCUUGGCUUCUGCUGCGCCAGCUCAGAAAAUUACCAAACCUGCUGCAAAAUAUGGAGUGCCUUUAAUAAUCAAGAAAUCUUGUGAUGCACCUAAGAGAUAUUAUGAAAAAAAGCCACUGGUUAAAUGUAGGCAGGCCUAUCCAACUCCAAUGAAGAAAAUGCAUCCUGGAGAAGAAAGGAGGAAAAUGUUUGAGGAAGCUGCAAAGAAGAAAAGAUUAGACUUACUAGAGAAGGAAAAACGACAAAGAGACCAGAUCAGUUUGCUGAAGGCUGAGCAGAUGAGAAGACUGGAGAAGGAAAGGAUGGAACGAAUAAACAGAGCCAGGGAACAAGGAUGGAGAAAUGUGCUUAGUUCAGGUGGAAGUGGUGAAGUUAAGGCCCCUUUUUUUGGUGGUGGAGGGGGCGCUGGUCCUACACCGGUGCCUACUCGAGGACCGUAUGAACACUACCAUGCUAUAUUUGACCAGAUGCAACAGCAAAAAGAAAACCUUCAAGUUGCUGAGGAGCGAGAUACCAAAUGGAGAGCAGAAAUACAAAGUCAAGAACCUAUUGAAAGAGAAGCUUCACCUGCAAUACAUCCAGGAGUUCCUAAGGGGCCUGCAGGUCAUCACCAUUUACCUGAUACUGAUGCAGUUAGAAAAAAAAUGAAAAGAUUGAAGGAGGUGUCUAAACAAGCCAACGCAAACAGGCAAAAAGGAUGGGUAGCUGCAGAAAGAGCAAAACAAGUUGAGGAAUUCUGGCAACGAAAGAGGGAAGCUAUGCAAAACAAAGCUCGUGCUGAAGGACACAUGGGUACACUACAAAACGUGGCAGCUAUCUAUGGAGGCAGGUCCAAUUCUGCAAGAGGAAGGAAAUCCAGAAACAAGGAGGAAGAGGAGUAUUUGGCAAGAUUAAGGCAGAUUAGGCUUCAAAACUUCAAUGAACGUCAACAAAUUAAAGCAAAACUUCGUGGAGAAAAGAAUGAUUCUGGCAGUUCUGACGGACAAGAAACAAGUGAAGAAGCAGAAUUGAGACUCAAGAAAAUUGAAGCACUGAAGGCCCAAGCGAAUGCAAGAGCUGCAGUUCUGAAAGAACAGCUAGAGCGAAAGAGAAAAGAAGCAUAUGAAAGAGAGAAGAGAGCUUGGGAAGAACAUUUGGCAGCCAAAGGGGUAAAGAAUCCUAAUAUUCCUUUCCAUGUGGCAGCAGCAGGAGCUAGUCCUGUGCCUGGUCAGCAUGAACCUGGAGUACCUUCUGUCAAACCACAGCCUCCAUUUAAGCCCGGUUCACCCAUCAUCUCCAUGACUUCUGCAUUGAAGGAAGUGGGUGCGGAUGAAAAUGCAGCUUCUGUCCCAGAAACUUCUGAGGAAAUAAAAAGGCCAGAUAAUGCCAUCCAAAAUAAGCGAGAAAUACUGAGAAGACUGAAUCAAAAUCUUAAAGCCCAGGAGGAUGCAAAAGUCAAAAAGGAGCCUCAAGACAUCUGUGCAACAGAGGUGACUGAAGAUAGUAAGGAACAGCAUGAAGUAAAAUAUCCAGGGGAUCGCAAGAAAUGGCAACCAGAGGCAGCUGAGUUAGUGGUUCCUCUAGCAGAACUAACAAUGGAAGAAACAUUGUCUGGGACAGAAAAGUGUACUGUGGGGGAGGUAAUUAAACUAGAUAUUGGUGAGCACCACCGGAAGCAUUGGGGCAAAAGUCCUACAGAUUCAGUUUUGAAAGUACUGGGAGAAGCAGAGCUACAGCUUCAGACUGAUGUAAUGGAGGAAAUAAGUAUCACAAAUGAAAUAUCUGAAGAGGAAACUUCUCAACCUUUAACAGUAAAAGAGCAAACUGCUUCUCCAAUUGAAGAGAAAUCUUCAGAACCAGUUGUUGUCACUGAGUCUGAAAGGACAAUACCUGAGGAGUCGCAGACAUCUGGAACCACCCAGAUUUUGUCCCUGCCUGCUGUGCUGGAUGAGCCUGAUGAUUUGGAAACAGAGUUGCUGGAAGAAAUAGAAGGAAAUAAAAAGCACAAAAGCAAAGAAUUUCCCAUCACUGUUAAUGAUGUGUGGAUUAAAGAAAAAGAAGUGAAGGAGAAUGGGCCACAGAAUGAUUCUGCCUGUCAGCAAGAAAAUGGCAGUGAUGAUACAGCUUCAGAGAAAGAAAUGCUAGAUAAAGUCCAACCACAGGAUGAAGCUUCAUUAGAAACUUGUCUUGGUCACUCUAUGCAACCUGAACCCUUUUUCCAGAGGGUGGCACAGCCCCACACCAGACCAACAGCCUCACCAAUUUUGUCAGCUCAGUCUUCACUGGAUGAGUCAUUUCCACCUCGCUCACGCUCUGUAUCACCAGCCAAAAGUAAAGGCAAAAGUUCAUUGUUGAUUGGGCUUUCUACUGGCUUAUUUGAUGCAAACAAUCCAAAGAUGUUAAGAACAUGUUCACUCCCAGAUCUUUCCAAAUUGUACAAGGCAGUAGUUGAUGUUCCAAGUAUAGCAGAUGUACAACAUCAAGACAAUCUUGAAAUAGAUGAUAUGGAAGAUGAGCAUGUCAAAGAAGGACAUUCUGAUUCUGAUGACCUUAUGUUUGGAGAGGCAGAUACAGACCUGCAAGAGCUUCGAGCCUCAAUGGAGCAGCUACUUAGGGAGCAGCCUAGUGAGGAAUUCAGUGAGGAGGAAGAGUCUACUUUAAAAGCUAGAACUGCAGAACGCAUAACAAAUGGUACAGAACUGGAUGAUGAGGAAGACAAUAACCCCAGCAGUGAAAGUGUACUUAAUGAAGAAUGGCAGUCAGACAACAGUGAUGGAGAGAUCACCAGUGAAUGUGAAGAGUAUGAUAGUGUCUUCAGCCAUCUAGAAGAGUUGAGAUAUAACUUGGAGCAAGAAAUAGGUUUUGAUAAAUUCAUUGAAAUCUAUGAUAAAAUAAAGGCUAUACAUGAAGAUGAAGAUGAAAAUAUUGAUAUUUGUUCAACAAUAGUUCAGACUAGUUUGGGAAAUGAACAUAAACACUUAUAUGCCAAAAUUCUUCAUUUGGUAAUGGCAGAUGGAGCCUAUCAAGAAGAACAGUUCAGACAUUCAGCAGGGAAAACACAGAUGAUCAAAUUGUCUUCGCAGAGAUGGAGUGAUAUCUUAAUGAUAUGAUUAGCAAUAACGAUGAAACCUGACUCAGGAAAUUCAUUAAUACUGUGUUACAUAUAUGUGUUCGGAUGCUGUAGAGCAGAAUAAGAAGUCGUAAUGGAAAAUGUAACAAUUUUAAAAAGGGGUGGGAAGGUAGGAGACUUUAGAAUGCAUGCUGGUUGCAUGAAGAAGAUGGAAAAUAUGCUUUUUUCAACUGAAAUAUUCAUGCAUUUCCUUCAACACGUGUUGUCUCACUUUAAAGUUACCUGUUAUAGAAAUUCUUCACCUUAAAUUUCAGUCAAAUUAUAGAGAGGAUGAUUCAGAAGAUGUCCUAAUAUAAGAGGGGGGAGAGAUUUAUAAUGUAAUGAAAAAGGCCUUUUAAACUGUUGGCUGUUAGGCUCAAGCAGUUAAAAAGAUAAGCAUGUUAUGAAAAUACCUUCUUUUAGCUCUUUACUUGCAUACUAAAAGCCUCCAUUAAUACCAAAGCACUGAAGGCUAUGUUUCAGUCUCUGACUACUUAGGCUGUAUCUAAAUAAGUACAUCAUAUCAAUGACCCACAUUGAAUAGUUCACUUUUUUUUAAGAAUAAAAUUUAUAGUGUUUUGCAGCUUCAGUUUUUGUCACUUUUUAACCAGUGUCAACUGAACUUUUACUGGUGUUUGCAAAUUAAGGCAAACUGGUGUUUGCUGUCACAUCACUGAAAUAGUUAAUUUUUUUUGUAGCGGUUAUGAAAUUCAUGUGUAGCCAAAGAAUUUAUCAUUGCUUUCAACCAGAAAUGUUUUCAAAUUUUGCUGCCUCUUCUAUAAUGCUGUGCAGAGUUUAAGGUGAAUCUUUUUAUGUUUACCUCCUGCUGCUGUGUUGAUAAUUCUAGCAGUUGGAAAAGGGAAAAUGAAAUGAAGGUAACCAUGAACGUUGUGAUGCAUCAUUUUGAUGAUGCUGAUAUUUGCAGCGUGCUCUCCCUAGCUAGGGGUUAGGGAGGUGGGUAAUUUUAUUCUUUCCCCCUACUCUGCUUUUUUGUCAGAGAGAAUACAAAGAUGGACAGAAUUAGGAGUUUGUUUCUCCAAAUACAAUGGCAGGAAAUUUUUAUUGGUCUGUUCAAUGACAGAUCAGGUAUUAAGGCUUGGUUGAAAUGUUUAACUUCCAAGUGUUCAGCUGAAGAAAGAUGGAUUUUACACACUUCAAUAAUAGCAACUUCAGUCAGAAAAAAUCUAAAAAAUGAAAAUAUUUAAAUUAUUUUAGCACCAAGCAAGAAUUAAUAUGUAUAUUAUUUCUAACCUUCUUCAAAAAUAAUUUUUUUUUUUUUGGUUUUUUUGUAUAAUUGUUGGUUUUUACAGUGGUGUUACUAUUAAAGUCUCUCUCCUUGUCCACUGGAAGUGGAAUAA